GCAUCCGGUUCGCAGGCUCAUCUGUUUCCGGUCUGAGAAAGUCCCGUUAAACGCGACGCAAACCGACCGUCCGCUAGUGUUGAGUGUCUGCAGUGGCGCUGAAUCUCUCCGGUUACAGGCGGAGCUCGGACGCGCCGUUAGUCCGGGUCGUUCCGGUCUGAGCGGGGGAGAGACGAGACGGUGAGCAUGGUGAAGUGCGUGGUCUCGGGGUGUCCGAACCGCACGGUGAACGUCAACCGCGGGAUCUUACACCGACCACCGAAGAGGUUCUUCAACUUCCCCAAAGACCCGGCCCGGGUCAAGGUGUGGCUGGCGGCGCUGAGGGAGACAGACAAGCAGGAAGCGACAGACCAGCAUUUAAUCUGCGAGGACCACUUCCUGCCGGAGGACAUCUCCGCCUCUGGGGUCAACAGUGACGCCAUUCCCAUCAUGCCCCCUUACCUGGACGGGCCGCUGGGCCUGAUCAGCCCCUGGGGGGCCGAGUCCUCGGAGGAGGAGGAGGAGGAGGAGGAGGAGGAGGAGCAGCGGCAGCAGGAGCAGCAGGAGCAGCAGCAGCAGUCGGCCGCCAUAGGCUGUGAGGAGGAUGAUGUUGAUGAUGAUGCUGGUGGAGAUGAUACUUCUGCUGCACCACGACCUCCUGCACCAGAUCCACCGCAGCAGGAUCCAGGUGGAGGUUUGGAGAAUCCUCCGGGGACUGAGAAGACCAGUGCUGCCCUGCCACAGAGGAAACGGUCGAUCCAGUCCAAGAAGGUUUCCAGGCAGGACGUGUCUCUGGGGCUGCUGACUCGGGGUUUCCUGGAGCUGUUGCUGGCGGCUCCGGACGGCUCUCUGGACCUCAGGCAGGUCGCCACGAGCCUGCAGACCCGCAAGCGGCGAGUCUACGACAUCACCAACGUCUUGGACGGCAUCAACCUCAUCCAGAAGGAGUCGGCCAACAGGAUCAAGUGGACAGGCAAGAGUCCAAUCUCCAACUUUCUGUGGAAGAACCAGCAGAGGUUUCAGAGAGAACUGGAGAACCUGAAGCUGGUGGAGGACACGUUGGACGGCCUCAUCAAAAGCUGCGCCCAGCAGCUCUUCGAGAUGACUGACGACGUGGAAAACUCUGCGUGGGCCUACGUGACCCACGAGGACAUCAGCGGGCUCAGAGCCCUCCAGGGGCAGACGGUGGUCGUCAUCAAAGCUCCGGAGGAAACCAAACUGGAGAUUCCUGCGCCCAAAGAGGACAGCAUCCAGGUCCAUCUGAAAGCAGGGAAGGGUCCCAUCAUGGUGGUGACCUGUGAGGUGGAGUCAGGAGACGCUGUGACCUCUGACCCCGGGGAGACAGGAAGGGGCUUCUUUUUAACGCUGGAGGAGAGCCGGAUCAGGACGACCGCACUGCACACAGAGUCUUGUGGUCCGCAGAGCACCGUGCAGAGCGCGUAGCCAGCGGCCGACCACCAGGAGGCGCCGGCUGUCCUCAGGGUUCGGACACGACCACCUGCAGGUACCAACAGGUCUCGCAGAGUGUCUGAUAGAAUACACGCCGGUGCCUGCAGCAUUAGGAAGAUUUCUACAUGUGGUGCUGAAUGUUGCGACGAGAGAUUUCGAUCGAAACACAAACCAAAACACCAGAAUCAUCACUUCGACCCGGUCGUGGGGAAAACAAAGGCGUUUUCCGAUUGGAAUGUAAAAACACUAUAUUUGUGGGUCACUUUCAUUCGCACCAGUGAACCCAGUUUUUAGUUUAACUUGGAAAACUCCCGGACGGUGCUGAUCAGCCUGAGAAGAGCUCGGUCGGUCUGCAGAGACGUGAAACGCGUGAUGAACAACGGAGGGGAGGAUGGCGACGGACUGACGGGGACGUUUUCAGCUUUACUUCUGUUUGAAAGCUACGGCAGCACACAGCUGUGCCUCUGCCGUGUCGCUGCAGGCUUUGUAUUAUAAUGUACAUUAUCAUCACGUCCUGACUGACGUUCAGUGUAAAAUAUUUUACUGUUGUGUCUGUUUUUGACUUUUCUUUGUGUUUUUGGAUAUAAAAACGUUUUCUCCCUGGUUUGACACACACACACCGUGCAGAUGUUGUAAUUAAUAAAACACUAGCUUGCGUAA